UGAAGAGCCUCAACAGUGAGGAGGGCUGGGAGGACCCAGCUGUAAGUCAGUACGAUCUUGGGGUACUGUGUGAAAAAUAGCCUGUUUUCCUAUCCGGCAAAACACUUAACCACGCAUCUACAGGUGAGAAGAGGAAUCCCGCUGAAGUCCAUAGUGCCACACAGGACGGAGCCAACGUCGAGCUGCUGCUCAGGGUGGGGCUUUGAGUCACGUUCGUCCCCAGCAGCUGGGAGGUAGGGUCAGGUGUUGGCUCCUGCAGCUCACCGUCUGCUCUGUAGCUGUGCUCCUAGGAGGAAUGGAUGUGAACUUGGUCACUGUUUUGGCUCUUCUAGCAGUCGCGGUCAGUCAGACAUCUGAGACUUUGUUUCCUGGGGCCUUUAACUGUUGCACGAAAGUUUCAGAUGAAAUUCCCAAAGGAAUUCUCCGAAGAGUGGAGAGAUUUGAAAUCCAGAAAGCAGCUGGCCUGUGUCACCUAGAAGCUAUUAUUCUCUACAUAGAAGGCAGAAAGUUCUGUGUAAGCCCACGGAUUAGAAAAGUUAAAAAAUGGAUGAAGAAGAAUAAGCGCAAGAUUCCCAGGAAAAAAAAUCAUGGUAAAAAGCAGAGAAGAAUCAAAAUUAUUAAAAAGAAACAGUAACAUGAUGAAGCAAGCCCCAUGACGAAGAUACCUGUGGCAUACGGCACUGCGAACAGAUACCAGACUUUAUCAACUAUGGAUGAUUGUAGCAUUAAAAUGACUUCUCAAACAUCUAUGUGCUAGGGAAAGCACUGGCAGAAAACAUCACCUGCACACAAGAAUGUUGUUGGUCAGAUUACCAGCCAAAUGACAAGGUGUUCCUAACAAUGUCUUAUAGCAAGUGCUCACUGUACCUCCUAGAUCUAUUGGUAGACUUAAAUCCUCUUCUCUCCCACCCUGCUUUCAUGGCAACCUCCCCUGUGAUUUCUACUUUAAAAAGCCAGUAUGCAACUCCUUCUCAUUGCUCCAUUUGCCCAGUCUGUUUCUUGGUCCUUAUUCUUCUUUGUCUGCAAUCAUCUUUGCGCUGUUGCCUGUUUUGUUUCUGUUUUUCCAGUCAUUAAUCUCUUUUUUCUCUACUUACAUAAUUUUACAGAUACCUUUCCAGAUACUAGUUCAGUUUAAAUUGACCAAAACCAUUUCACCUAUUCCAAACAAUCUCUGCUCUCAGCUGUUCCAAGCCUGUUCAUUGGGCUCAAAGUGUGGCAUCCGAAGCUAUUAUAAAGAUAAUCUCUAUUGCUUUUGUUCAUUCAA